GCCCAGGGUAACGCUCAGAGCCGUGCCGGCGCUGUCCGCGCGGAGCAGGCAGAGUCGCGGAGGGCAGGACCCAGCACCGCGGCGAGAGCAGCGCCCGCGUUGUAACCGCGGGGGCGGUCUGCAGGCUUGCAGCCGGCGAAGGCGCAUCUCGGGCGCGUGGGUCCGACGAGGCCGGGGAGAUCGCAGGCGGAGGCUCGCGAGCGUCAGCUUCCGCGGGGCGGAGGUGUGCGCUCAGCCCGUGGCGGCCGUGUCUCCCGGGAGAUGCUGUGACGGACCGCGCGGGGGGAGCUCGCGCCGCGCCUUGCGCCCCACUGGACUCCGCGGCCGCGGCGGCUCGUCACCCGCCCGUCUCAGUGGAAGUAUGCGAGACUUAACGGCUCAGGUGACUAGUGGUCUCCUGGAGUUUCCGGAAGUGACUAUUCAAGCUCUUGCAGAAAACGAAAUAACAUUAGAAUCUGUGCUUCGUGGAAAGUUUGCUGCAGUGAAAAAUGGACUUGCUUGCUUGACUUGUGGUCCACAACUAGAGGUAGUAAACUCUUCAACAGGAGAACGCUUAUCUGCAUAUAGAUUCAGUGGAGUAAAUGAACAUCCUCCUGUAGUCUUAGCAGUGAAAGAAUUCACCUGGCAAAAGAGAACUGGAUUGUUAAUAGGCUUGGAAGAAGAAGAGGGAAGUGUCCUCUGUCUUUAUGACCUCGGUAUAUCAAGAGUAGUUAAAGCAGUUGUUCUUCCUGGAAGGGUAACAGCUAUUGAACCUAUAAUCAAUCAUGGAGGAGCCAGCGCAAGCACUCAGCAUUUACACCCAAGUCUGCGGUGGCUUUUUGGUGUGGCAGCUGUGGUAACUGAUGUUGGACAGAUCCUUCUUAUUGAUCUGUGUUUGGAUGAUUUGUCAUGCAGUCAGAAUGAGAUAGAGGCAUCAGACCUUGAAGUUGUAACAGGUAUCCCAGCUGAAGUACCACACAUCAGAGAAAGUGUGAUGAGAGAAGGGCGCCAUUUAUGUUUCCAGUUAGUAAGCCCAUCAGGAACAAGCAUUUCAACUCUUAGUUACAUCAACAGGACAAAUCAGCUUGCUGUAGGUUUUUCUGAUGGCUAUCUAGCACUUUGGAAUAUGAAAAGCAUGAAAAGAGAGUAUUACACACAAUUAGAAGGUGGCAGAGUUCCUGUAUAUGCUGUUACUUUUCAAGAACCUGAAAAUGAUCCUCGUAAUUGCUGUUACUUGUGGGCCGUUCAGUCUACACAAGAUAGUGAAGGGGAUGUUUUAAGCUUGCAUCUGCUUCAGCUCGCCUUUGGUGAUAGAAAGUGUUUGGCAUCAGGACAAAUCUUAUAUGAGGGGUUAGAGUAUUGUGAAGAAAGAUACACACUGGACCUGACAGGUGGCAUGUUUCCUUUGAGGGGACAGACUAGUAAUACCAAAUUGUUGGGAUGCCAGAGUAUAGAGAAAUUUAGAUCUCAUGGUGACAGGGAAGAAGCCAUGAAUGAAGCCCUAUCUCCUGACACUAGUGUUUCAGUUUUUACCUGGCAAGUGAAUGUUUAUGGGCAGGGAAAACCUUCUAUUUAUUUGGGACUUUUUGACAUAAAUCGUUGGUAUCAUGCUCAAAUGCCAGAUUCAUUAAGAUCUGGAGAAUAUCUACAUAAUUGCUCUUAUUUUGCUCUGUGGUCUUUGGACUCUGUUAUAAGUAGGAGUUCUCCACAUUACAUCUUGGAUAUAUUGGUACAUGAGAGAAGUUUAAGUCGAGGAGUUCCUCCUACAUAUCCACCUCCUGAGCAGUUUUUUAACCCAAGUGCUUAUAAUUUUGAUGCCACUUGUUUGUUAAACUCAGGAGUUGUUCAUAUAACUUGCACUGGCUUUCAAAAGGAGACUGUGACUUUUUUAAAGAAAUCGGGACCAUGUCUCAAUGAAGUCAUUCCUGAUGGUUAUAAUCGAUGUCUUGUUGCUGGCCUUCUCUCACCAAGACUUACUGAUACUCAGCCUUCCAGUUUAAGUCAGGAGGAACAGUUAGAAGCUAUAUUGUCAGCAGCAGUUCAGACAAGUUCUUUGGGACUUUUGACUGGUUGUAUCAAAAGGUGGAUAACAGAAGAACAACCAAAUUCUGCUGCUAAUUUGCGCUUUGUUCUUGAAUGGACAUGGAAUAAAGUUGUUCUCACAAAAGAGGAAUUUGACCGCUUAUGUGUGCCAUUGUUUGAUGGUUCAUGUCGCUUUAUCGAUCCACAAACUAUGCAGGCUCUCCAGCAGUGUAAUUUGCUUCUUAGCAACCUUAAUACAGUCUUAAGCUGUUUUGCAACAGAGGCUCAAGAGAUCACUGAGAGAGGCCUGAUAGACUUAAGCAAUAAGUAUAUAGUUGCCCAGCUCAUCUGUCAGUAUGCACAAGUGGUUCUCUGGUUCUCUCAUUCUGGACUUCUGCCAGAAGGCUUAGAUGAUGCUGUGCAGUUGUCAAGGUUAUGCUACAACUACCCCGUAAUUCAGAACUACUACACGAAUCGUCGACAGAACUGUGAGCGUUUGUCAAGAGGGAAGUGGAACCACGAUUGCUUGGUGAUUGAUGGAUUGGUUUCUCAGUUAGGAGAUCGGAUUGAGAAGUUGUGGAGACGGGAGGAAGGAGGCACAGGAAAAUACCCUCCUAGUAGUAUACAUGCACUACUUGACAUAUACUUGUUAGACAACGUUACUGAAGCAAACAAACAUUUUAUCACCAUUUAUUUGCUACUCGAUAUUAUGUAUUCCUUUCCAAACAAAAUGGAUACCUCCAUUGAGUCUUUUCCAACUGCCUUUGCCAUUUCUUGGGGCCAAGUUAAACUUAUUCAAGGAUUUUGGCUGAUAGAUCAUAGUGACUAUGAGAGUGGUUUGGACCUUCUGUUUCACCCAGCUACUUCAAAACCUGAGUCAUGGCAACAUGCAAAGAUUGUUGAAGCCUUUAUGAGUCAGGGUGAACACAGACAAGCCCUCAGAUAUAUUCAGACAAUGAAGCCAGCAGUAACCAGUGGUACUGAUGUUACACUUCACCUCACUGUUUUGCUUUUUAAUAGAUGCAUGGUUGAAGCUUGGAAUUUACUGCGACAGCAUUCUAAUAGGUUGAAUAUUGAGGAGUUACUAAAGCACACAUAUGAAGUCUGUCACGAAAUGGGCUUAAUGGAGGAUUUACUGAAGUUACCGUUUACAGACACUGAGCAGGAAUGUUUAGUGAAAUUUUUACAGUCCAGUGCCAGUAUUCAGAAUCGUGAAUUCCUCUUAGUUCACCAUUUGCAGCGUGCCAAUUAUAUUCCUGCCUUGAAGUUGAACCAAACUCUGAAGAUUAAUCUUACGAACGAUCGUGAUCCUCGUUUGCGGGAGAGAUCAGUAGCUCGGAAUGCCAUAUUAGAACAAUAUGGGAAAAUCCUUCCUCGAGUCCAGCGAAAAUUAGCCACUGAGCGAGCUAAGCCUUACCCUCUGUCAAGAUCAUCGGUUCUUCGAGAAGUUUCUAGACCCAAACCAUUAUCAGCAGUUCCAAAACAAGCUGUAACAGGGACAGUGUUAACAAGAUCUUCUUUCGUCAAUAAUGUAUUGUCUAAAAUUGGAGAGGUUUGGACCAGCAGUGAACCUAAAAAUAGCAUCUUACCUUACAAUAGUCCUAAAAUAGAAGAACCAUCUCCUAUAGCAUAUUCUCUCCCUGACCUGGAGCUCCCUGAGGCAUUUGUCAGAACACCUAUUUCAAAGGCAUCACAAAAGAUUUCUAGACUGCUGGAUUUGGUUGUUCAUCCUGUUGCACGUCCUUCUCAAUGUUUGGGGCUCAUUCAGCAAACCCCUCCAAGAUCUCCUUUGUAUCUAGCAUCCAGUUUGUUGCCUUUAAAUUCACAGUUAAAGGAAUUACAUCAGAAUACCUCCAGAGCUUCUGAAUUAUGCAUACUUGAAACUCCUCUUAUAGUUAAGAAAGCCAAAACUUUGGCCAUGUCAGUUACUUCUUCUGGAUUUUCUGAGUUUACUCCUCAGUCCAUCCUAAGGUCUGGUCUUCGAACAACACCUUUGGCAUCUCCCUCUCUAUCACCUGGACGGUCUCUUACUCCUCCUCUGCGAUUUAAAGAAACUAGAAUUUCAUUCAUGGAAGAAGGCGUGAACACAAAAUGUAUCACUGGAGCUGCGGAGGACCACAAAACAGAAAUUUUUGUUACUUCAUCUUUCCAAAAAUGUGGAGAUCCAGGAGAAACUGAUUGGCUGAAGAACAAAGGUAAAGCCACAUCAUUUCUCCCAAAUAGCCCUGAAAAGGAUCAUCAAAUAACAGAUGUAAGGUCACAGAAUACCUCCUCACAAAGUCUGGAGAAACUGGAUCUGAGCAAAGAAACCAGCAGUGCCUCAACCAGAUCAGAUCAGACUACCUCAGAGUAUCAGGAUGCACCAUCACCAGAAGAAUCUGAAGAUGUUAUUUUUGUGGACUCUGAAUCAACAAGUUCUCCCACUGAACAAAUUGCUAAUUUAACAGAACAAACUGAGAAAGAUGAAGAUAAUCCUCCAGAUCUCAAGAAACAAAUGGAAGUUGGAGAGGAAGCAUUUUCAGAAUUAAAUCAUUUAAGCCCCAUUCAAGGAGUUGAUUCUCAUGUACCAUCAGUCCAUGAAGGGAAAAUCCUCACUCCGAAGUCCAAGUUACCUGUUUUGGAUGAAGGCGUAUCAUCUGUUGAAACCUGCAUCUCUACAAUUAGAGCAGAUAACAAUAAAUCUAUGGCUGAUGUCCCUGAUGAGAGUGGAAACUUUGGGAUCGUUCCUUCUGAAAGCCUUAGUAUUUCUGAGCAUAGGCUUGACCAGGAAAUUGCAUUGAACCUAAAAGAAGAUCAGGAUAUAGAAGUUGACGUGCUAAAAGAAGGUGUUGACUUACCAGAAGAGAAGCCUCCAAUUUCUGACAGUCGUCCUGAUACUCAAGGAAUUCAUGUGACUGAGCAUGAAAAGCUUGAAGCUCAAGAUUCAGGAGAGGCUAGGAAUCUUUCUUUCAAUGAGCUGUAUCCUUCAGGAACUCUUAAGCUUCAAUAUAAUUUUGAUAGCAUCGAGCAGCAGUUUUGUGACUUACCUGAUAAUAAAGACUCUGCUGAAUGUGACAUUGCUGAAGUCGAUGGGGAACUUUUUGUGGCUCAGAGCAACUUUAGCUUGAUACUGGAAGGUGAAGAAGGAGAGGUUGAGAUGGGGGACUCUGCAGCAUCUAAUGUGUUACCCAAGACAGCUAACCCUGCCACUGAGGAAAAACUUGUGCACAGUGGGGAAAAUGGUAAUCAUGGACAUACUGCAAAUUUACCGUCUGUCAUAACUAGUGAUCAAGAGUCCCAAAAAGUAGAGACAUUACCAUAUGUGCCUGAACCAAUAAAAGUGGCAAUUGCAGAAAAUUUAUUAGAUGUGAUUAAAGAUACAAGAAAUAAGGAAAUUACUUCAGAUACAAUGGAACAGUCAGUUGACAAGCACAUACCUUUAAUAAGCCAAAAGGUAAUGUCUUCCACCAAGUUAACAAGAUCUGCAGUUAAGACUGUUCAGGAGACAAGUACAAUGGCUAUAAAUGUCAGCCAGACUGAUGACACGAUUUCCUCUAGAACUCGGGCAAGAGGACAACGCAUCCAAAACCUGAGUAUCAGAUCCACACAACCAGAGGAGUCAGCAGAUGUUUCUUCUAAGAUGCUGGGGCUAUCGGUUACAAAGAAAAGUAGGAAAACACAAAUUUCUGAGGCACCUGAAAGUGCCUCUUCUGAUAUCAAAGGAAUAUCUCAGAACCAGAAAACACCUCAAAAUUCUGUUGCUUCUAGGAAAGGAAAGAGAAAGAAGGAAAUUGACAAAGACACAUUAGAAAGUUUCAAUUCUGUGGAACAGGAGUUAGAAGUUACUCCAGGUAGAGAAUUAAGAAGGUUAAAAUCAUCUCAGCUAUUGGAACCAGCAGCUGAAGAAACUGCUAAAGGGAUUAAACUUUCAUCUUCAUCUGUUACAAAAAAGACUCCUAAAAGAAGGAAAAAAUCUGUAGAAAAUCAGGAAAGUGUUGAAAUUAUAAAUGAUCUAAAAGUGAGUAAAGUAGCAAGUCCUAGUAAAACUACCAGAAAAUUGAAACGUGUUAAUAUAGAAAUUUCGGAAAAUACAGGAUAUAAACAAGAUGGAAUAUCCAGUGACCAGGAGCUAUCUCUUAAGCUUAGAAGAAGGGUCAAAGAGAGAGAAGCUAGUGCACUGGAUGGGAUAGAAGGCUCUGAAGUUGAUUCAUCCAAGCUGACUCUUCAGGCAGAAUUUGAUACACCUGCCACACCUAGGAAACGUGGUAGACCAAGAAAAAUAAAUCCAUCUGAAGAUGUAGGAUCUAAGACUUUUAAGGAAGAAAGUCCCACAAAAAGGAAAGUUCUUAGUGUCCAGAGGAGAUCUACAAGAAACACCCCAGCUAGAACUGAAAAUACCGAUAUGGGAAAACAAGCUUUAGAAAAAUCCAUUCUAGUGCCAAAUGAGGAACUUGCUAUAGUGAUGAGCUCUGAGAAAAAGCUCAGUAGAAGGACUGAAAAUCGAAGCCAAAAACAUCCAUUACACUCAAUAACAGAAGAACACAAAGAACCAAAUGACCAAGAAGAAGGAUUGCUUGCCACGGCGGGUUUUACUAAAUCCUCCCGUAGCACAAGGACUCGAUCUAGCAAGGCCACCUUGUUGCCGGACCUUUCUGAACCACAAAAUGAGCCAUUUUUAUUUUCUCCUCCCGUCUCGAAGGUUCCAAGAAAAACAAAAGCUAAACAAGUAGAGGCUCCUGCACAGCUGAAAGAAUUGGUAUCAGAUUUGACUUCUCAGUUUGUUAUCUCACCUCCUGCUUUGAGGACCAGGCAAAAAAAUACAUCUAAUGCGUCCAAACUUAUAGAUGAACUGGAAGAUGAUGCUAAAUCAGUAGAAGCUGUGGGAAAGCAAAAAGUGAAAAGAAUCAGGACUGCAAAAACAAGACAAGCAAGCAAAAAUACAGAAAAGGAAAGUUCUUGGUCACCUCCUCCAGUAGAAAUUAAGCUGAUAUCUCCCUUAGCGAGCCCAGUUGAUGGAGGAAAGAGCAAACCAAGAAAAACUGCAGAAGUUACAGGAAAAGCUCUUGGAAAGAGCAGAAAAAAACUGUCUUCUUUUCCAAAGCAAGUUUUACGUAGAAAAAUGCUGUAAUUUUUCUUUCAAGUUUUUAAUAUACACCUGUUUGUAAAGACAUCACAGUUGUGUGGGUUAUUAAAAAUCAUCUAAUUUGGAAGAAAAUAAUUUAUAUAUAAAUUAUUGUAAAUUUUUGUAAACAGAAGUUCAAUAAGUAAAAUAGCUCCAUGUGGAGUGAUUCUUUCAGUCCAGGCAGUUUUUCUAUUUUAUAUUAAGACUUCAUACAUUUAUAUAAUAUGUAAAUAUGGCUAUUAUUGGAAUGUUAAAUAAAGUGUCUACUUCACAGUA